UUUCACAGUGACUCAGACUGUUUCUUAUUCAGGCUACAUUCCUCUAAUAUCAAAGUGCAAAGUCAGCUGUUAGGUAAGUUUAUCAAAGCAAGAAAUUACGCAGCUAAGCAAGAAACCCACUCUGCCAUAUGCACAAGUUUACUGCUCUCAAGCACCAAAAUUAUUCCACUGAAGUUCAAGGAUGAAUUGCUCUUCUGAAACCUUUGUACACUCUGCAGUAUAAAAGAAGAAAUUCUAUUAGAAGCUUAUGUGCAUAUGGCUUAAUUCAAGAUGGAAACAAUGUGGAAAUGGCCAAUCACCAUGAUCUUUGGAAGUGGAGACAGAAUAUGAUGUGCAAAAAAGGGACCUAAGCUUGGCUCUAAACUCUGGUGAUGCAGAUUCUGCCCGGCUUGUUCAUUGGCAACUUUAAAGAUGCCCGAGAUGUAGAGCAAUUGAGCAAGAAUAACAUUACGCACAUUCUUUCCAUUCAUGACAGUGCCCGUCCUAUGCUUGAGGGAGUGAAGUAUCUCUGUAUUCCUGCUGCUGACUCACCCUCGCAGAACUUGGCAAGGCAUUUCAGAGAGAGCAUCAAAUUCAUCCAUGAGUGCCGGCUUAAAGGUGAAGGCUGCCUAGUUCAUUGCCUUGCAGGUGUCUCCAGGAGUGUAACAUUGGUGGUUGCCUACAUUAUGACCAUCACAGACUUUGGCUGGGAAGAUGCACUGUCUGUUGUCCGAGCAGCAAGAUCCUGUGCCAAUCCCAACAUGGGCUUCCAGAGACAGCUACAGGACUUUGAAAAGCAUGAUGUCGAUCAGUUCAGGCAGUGGCUGAAAGAAGAAUAUGGUGAAAACUCUUCUCAGGAUCUGCAAGAAGCCAAAAAUCUUCUGAGCAAAUAUAAAGAGCAGGCAGAGUUGCAGCAGAGUACUGGGGGAAGACAGUGGAAUAACAACUUCUCGUCUGUGCCAUCCCUCUCAUACAGCAACUACACAACAGAGACCUAAUUGUAGAAGGUUGAAUUUUUCUACCUUUGAAAAACAUCUUGCCAUAAUUUCCAUCCCAUCUUCAAGACUGUCAGCAGUAAUCAUGCAAACAGUUGAUUUGUAGAAAGCUUCUUGAUGAAAAUACUACAUUAUGUGUGUGUGGGUGAGUGUGUUUGACACAGUUUUAUAAUUUGGGCAGGAUCGAGCUCUUUGUAUGCUCAGAAACAUGAUCCAGUUACUGUGGCUAAGCCAGUUUGUCUGUUAGCCCCAGCUGUUAUCCCCACAUAGCCUGGCAUUUGCUGUGAGGUUAGCUCAACUCCUUUCGUUGUAGGCUAGCAAAGGGCCCUGAGAGAUGAACUCUGGUGAUUCAAGCUGUGGCAGUUUGACAUCUCUGUGCUUUUAAUGUGGCAAAGAUGUUAUUGCACCUGAAGAAGGGAACUCAAGUCUGUCUCUGCUGCUGCUGUUCACAGUUCAUUGGCAAGUAAUACCCUGGAGAUGGACUUGCACUUGAAUGCUAGACUGUAAACUGAAGCAGGUGAGAUACAUGCAUAUACCUUUCUGGCAACAGUAACAUGUAGGGGAGAAGUGUGACAGACAGCUCUGACUAAUAACAUCUUCAACUGCCACAAUUGUACUUGCUUCAGUGCACGUGAGACAGAGCUGUCGGUAGAACUGCCGCAGACCAAGAGCACAGAGGCUGUCACCACAGUUCAGCUGAUAUGCAGUGAUUUAAGCCAUGUUCGCUUGAUCGUUGGGAAACCAGAUGCACAUGAACUUCUCUGGAGAGUAGUUUGUCAGGUUUCCAGUACCACUGACCUUCAUUCCCUGUGGAACACGUGCCUCUUCAACACAUGCCCCUUCGCGUGUGGUAACGUGUCUCCAAAGAGUGGGCUUGGUGUGAGUGCGAGCACCUGUUUCAUUGCUUGUGCUGUGGUUUGCUCUUUGACUUCAGCUACCUCAGAAAUGCUGUACUUGUCAUUGUGGUUGUAAAUGCAACCUUGAAAAUUGCCUUGUGUAAUCUUAAUUUGACACUGAGUGAUGUAAGUGUGCGAGUGUGUGUAUGUGUGUGCGGGGGGUGCGUGUGCAUGUUUCACAGAUGUCUGUAUUAGAAAAGUUUUUCUUUUAAAAUUGCCCAUAUUCCUCACUAGUUUAAAAUUUGAGUUGUUUGACUUUCUGCCAUUUAAAAACCAUAUAUAUUUUGCUGUGAUCAGAUUUAUAGGAAUGCAUUUAUAAACUAUGUUUUAAACUAGGUUAAAAUUAGGGGCCGUACUCUGCUCUUGGUUAACCUGGUCUGUUUCUAGAAUGGAGCCAUUGCCUGACUUAAGUGUAUUCUAAGAGUGUAACGUCAAAUAUGUCGCCAGAGAUGCUGGGCAGUAUGUUGGUUUCUGAUGGUGUAAUUGGGGUUGUCCCUGCUGCCAAGAUAAUAGUUUCUUGUCUUUGUCUCAGAGGAUGAAAGGCCUUUUUUCCUGAGGAUUGAAUAAAAAUUAAAAUCUCUCUCUGAAUAACCAGGGUAUUUAAAAACAAACGAACCCCGUAGUUGUUUAAAUGUGAUGUAUAUCAUGCUAAAAACUGAGCACUGAGGGAGAGUCAGUCAGCAUACUAAAUAUAGCUGUAAUCUCUUUCAGUUGUUUUGGUACUCUCGCCUCCCAUCCCUUCACAAAAUUCCUCUUCGUGUGACUUCCUGCUUGCUUUGGGUGGCAGUGGAUUCUUUGGAUGCUGAGAGCAAGGCUUUUGGGGUCAAGUAAGCUCAGGCCUUGUUAAAUAUUUUCAUAUCGUGUGUGUUCUGUUUUGUGAAAUAUGGAUCUUGUACAUCAAUAAGUGUCAAAAAGGAGAAGAAAAGGGAUGGGGUGAAACUGGCCUGAGCUCUUCAUCCAAGUCCAAGCCUAAAUCAGACUUUUCAUUGUGCGUGUGCUUUAGGUGUUCUGAACAAAAUUGGAGCAGGUUGAUCAUAUCCAUGUUGGAGUAAUAGGUGCUGUUGGGCUCGGGAAGGGUACUGGAGUUUGUUUUCAACCUUUUGUAGCUAAAUGAACCUCUACCUAUUUGGGAUGUCCAGCACCUGUGUUCUGUGUUUGCCUGGUAACAGGAGUAUUUGACUCUUCUCAGAGGUGUUGGGCUGCAAAUAAGUAGCUGUUUAGGAAUUCCAGCACAGCAGUACCCUCUGUGCUCUGAGAGUGGACGUGCUAAAUGGAAAAGGCUUUCCUUGGUAACAGGGUCUGAUAGACAUGCAGGAUGGUGGUCCGUUUGUUCAGCCCUCUCAUAAGUGUAAGAUCAGCUUGUCCCCGGAGGGUAGCUACCAGAAGUACUCUGCUGAUGCUCUUGCAGGUAUCCAGCCAGUCCAUCCUGUAGGUGACUGCUAGCAGUAUGUACUCUGUAAUAUCUUUGGUCCUCUCGUCCUUGGAGUAGUAACGCUGUGAGCGCAGAUAAGUUGGCAGUUUGUCUACUCUGACAAAUGCAAGGCAGAGCAGGAGACACGUUAAUGAUUGUGCAUCUGUAUUGAUUUUCUGAAGUAGCUUUGUUAUCCCCACAGAAUCAGUCCCAGAAAUGGGAUUUUCUUAGAACCGAAUUUGGAUUUAGGGCCAUCUAGCCACAUCAAUGUGCAUUAUGCUGCAACUGGUAAGCAGAUACAGGGUAAAGCAGGAAGACAGGGAAUGCCAUAUUAUCAGCAAAUAGAAGUGCUUCUCUCCUUUUAAAAGACAGAAGGUACUUUCUGUUGUCUCUUGCUUCCACAUCUUUAGUGGACUGUACAUGCUACAUAACAUAUUUAAGAGUGGCAAAAGAGGAGCGGCAGUAUAAGAAAACUUGAAUCUGGGUCCUCUGUAGGUAGCAGGAGGAUAGUUUACACUUUUAUCACUAUAAGGUGCAGAAGAGAGAGUAGCUACGAUUCUCGCCUUUGGUCUUCUAGAAAAAGAGAGGGGCAAACACUGACUGAGAACUUGACGUGAUUUGUCUUCCAGCCAACCUUUCAGUGGCAGCGUGUAGGUCUUUCUAGGUAUAGGGAACAUGACCCCCGUCCACAUCUUCAUUGUCGGCCUUUAUAGUGUAGGUGAUGGAUUCAGUUGUUUUGUUUCUGUACUUCAAACCAUUGUCCUCAUUUUGAUGUUCACUGGAAAAUGUAUAAAGUUUAUAACACCUUAUUGGAUAUCCAGAUUUGAAAUGUGUAAUCAUUUUUUUUGUAAACUUGAUAUCCAUGUGUGAUUAUAAGGAAAUAUGUAGUGUUAUACAAUGUAGGUAACGGGUAAAUGCAUUAAUAUUUAUUACCCUGAUUUUUAACCUGGAAAGAGUUGCUUCUUUACAUUUUGUGAUUGGUUGGGAAGAUAUGGCAAAUCAUAUCUGUUUUUUAAAAAGGGCAGUAAUAACAUUGGUUGCUAUAAUGGCCACUGUCUAUAAAGAAGUCAGUGAAAAAUUAUAGUAAUUACUUUAGCUAGUUUAAAAGCUCUCAACCUGGUAAGCUUCUUGAUUCUUUGUCUUCCUGUUCCUGGGCAUCUUAGCAAAGCCUUGAUUGCAUUUUCCAAAUGUUUGUAUUUAAUACGUUCUACAAUUUUUUUAUAAAUAAAAGUAAAUGUUAGCACCUGA